GGGAGGAGACGCCCCCCUGCGCCACCUCUGCCCGGCGUCCAGCCCGGGAGACCGGAGCUUUGUGGUGUGCUCGGUACCGCCGGGGGUAUGGAUUCGGUCCCACAUUUUGCCCGCUGAUCGUUUGCCUGUUGCUCUUGUCCCCAUCCCGUCCUGCGCUCCAGGAGGGGCCGUCUUUCUCGCAGGUGAUGAAUUUCUCUGCAAGGUCAUUGCUCCCUUAGGCUCUGGCUUUGAAGAUUGAUCCUUCAGAGGAAUCGUCCCUGACUCCGUCCCUACACUGAGCUAAAACUGCUUCCCAGGUGGAACACUGUUCCGGGGAGAGCACUGAGGAUUUCCUGAAGAAGAAUUCCAUGGGGACUGUACCUGACCCUUUGAGAUCAGCUAAAACUUCCUUGAUCACAGCUUCUGGAAAAGAAGAGGAUUUAGGAGAAGUGCAGCCUGCCUCCCCUCGGUCUCCACCAGCCGUCUUGUGUGAGAACACCAAUGGCCUUUCCAGCACUCCUGCAGAGCCAGACCUCAGCCCCAGUGCAGCUGCUGAGGUCCUGAUGCAGGCGUUUGAGCAUGAGACCACCCAGCCAGACAUGUCUUCUCCUGGUGUCUUCAAUGAGGUGGAAAAAGUGUCUCCUCCAUGCAGUUCUGACAAUACCCAGCUGCCAGGAAGCAGUGAGCCCACAGCACCAGCCCCAUGUUCUGCAGCAGGAAAGGAUCUCAUAGAUGAAGCAUUUACAAUGCCAGCCAACCAACACACCCACCAGGCGACCCCAAGUGACCAGCUCAAUGCCAGCUCCUUAUCAGGACCUGAAGAUACUCUGCUGAAAACACAGAGAACCUCGGAUGGGGAGAUUCUUGAAAAACCUGAAAAGUCACAUUGCCCUGUGGGAAGCACCCAGAGCAACAGCAAAGACCAAGUGCCCUGUGAUUUUUCUUCUCAAAAAACAAUCCAGGGAAUGCUGCAGACUGCAAAUACAGCAGCCAAGGUGUUCAGUCACUCCUCGUCUCCUGUAGGCCAACCCAAAGGAGCAAGGCCAGGAGCCAUAUGCGACUCCCAGACAAGGUCCUGUGACUCUCCCGCGAAAGAAGGAUGUUCAGGGAACAAACAGCCCUCAGCCACCACCUCAGACAGCCAGUCUGUGACUUCUGUGACACCUCAACCACCCCACCUCACUAGCAAAGUCUCCACACGUCCUCCAGAUCAGGUGUCAAGGUUCAAAGAAGCAAGUACAAUGACCAACGAAGCUGCAAGUGAGGUCACGGAAGCUCCCGACAGGGCUCGGCAAGAUGCUGGGGUGCAGGCAGUGGCAAGUGUGGAGAGCAGAUCGGUCUCCACCAGCCCCAGCAUCCUCGCUGCAUUCUUAAAGGACACCCCAAUUCCUGAGCGUUUGGAACAAGAGCAGCUGCAUGUCAUUUGCAAUGGCAGCGGCAGUGGGAGCCACAUGCUGGAGCUAUCUGACAACAUCCACUCCCCCCAAGGGUCAGGUCCGUGCCCCGGCAUCAUGCCAGAAGUGCACAUCCAGGCAGCUGCCGCUGUUUCCACAGCUCUCCAAGGGGAAUGCAAAUUGGUGAGCUUACCGAGGGAGGUCCUUAAGAUCUCAUCCAUCACCGUGGCAUCCGGUAAUACUCAGGAUCUGUGUAAGGAAGAUACAGGGUCUGCGGGAAUGACCCCAGCAAGGGAAGAGCCCACCUCUAAACAGCUUUCAGGUGUGACUUCUAGGUCCCUGAAAGCCAGCCCCACUGACCAGAUUUCUUUCAGUGCGGGAAGUCAAACCGAAACAAAUCAUGAAUUGAGGAAAGUUGAAACCAAGCUGUCUGAGUUUGCAGUGAAAACCACAGAUGGUCACGAAACAAACCCAGACUGCCAACUCUCUGACUCUUGUGGUCCUGCCAACAAAGCCGACCAGCCCGGGAGCCUAGAUCCCACUGACAAAGGAGAUGCAAGAGAGAAGCAGCCAGCAUCUCCUCAGAUAGUAAAACAAGAAUGUAGAGGCACCGGUAUCCUUGAUGCCGGGGCCAGGGCAGAGGCCAAAACCCUGCUGCUCAAUCCUAAAUCUCAAGAAAGUGGAGGCACUGGGUCAGCUGCUAGUCCUACGCCCUCCCCAGUGAGGAAGAACCAGGAGGGUUCGCUGGAGGAAAAUAGACAGACCAAGACAGCCACCAGCCUGAGCCUCCCAUCCGAUUCCAUGGGUGACUCCAGUCCAGGUUCUGGCAAGAGGACCCCUUCUCGCCUGGUCAAAGCCAGCCCACGGCGGGCCAGCCGAGUCAGCGAGUUCCUCAAGGAGCAAAAGUUAAAUGUGACCGCGGCUGCCGCCCAGGUGGGACUCACCCCAGGAGAGAAGAAAAAGCAGCUGGGCGCCGACUCCAAGCUGCAGUUGAAACAGUCCAAGCGUGUCAGGGACGUCGUGUGGGAUGAGCAGGGCAUGACCUGGGAAGUGUAUGGUGCCUCCCUGGACCCAGAGUCCCUGGGUAUCGCAAUCCAGAACCAUCUACAAAGACAAAUCAGGGAACAUGAGAAAUUAAUCAAAGCUCAAAACAGCCAGACCCGGAGAUCCAUUUCCUCAGAUACUUCUUCAAAUAAAAAGCUCAAAGGAAGGCAGCACAGUGUUUUACAGUCCAUGCUGCAGAACUUUCGACGCCCCAACUGCUGUGUUCGUCCUGCCCCUUCUUCUGUGCUAGACUGAAAGAGAAUGUGUAUGGGAACCCUUGUGUAUAUUUAUGGUAUUCCUAAGUGUCUCUAUUUGUCAAAGCUUACUUAGUUUUUGUUUUUUGUUUUUGUUUUUUGGUUUUUUUGGAGAGACCAGGAAGACAAGCAAGAAUCAACUAUUGGAAGUUGCUAUUAAGAAUUGUUGGGUCCUUUGAUUGGGGCUCCAUAAAUAAAAAUAUCAUUUCAAUUUGAAAGAAAGAACAAAAGAAAAGAAGAAAGCUCCACUGAAGGUUAAUGACCCUAAUUAAGAGGAAGUAACAUUCACUGGAUUUUUUAAUAUGAUGUUACUUAUAGAACUAGCACUAUCAUUAAAUACGUGUCACUUUGUAUUACUGCCUCGACAUAUCACACUGUGGCGUUUCCACUAAAAUCCCUGCUUAAUAUUAAAACUAGCAAAAAUACUGUUAUACUUUCUAGUCAUAUUGCAAUAAGAAUGCUAUUACCACACAGAAUUUAAGUAGACGAUAAGAACUAUAAUGUAAAACUGUGAAAUAAAUUCAACUUGCUCUUCAGCCAGAUGACAUUAAGGAAAAGCAUUUAAAUGCAUACAAUACCAAAUGAAUUAAUAUUUGUCAACAUCUGCAGAUAACUGUUUUGGUAAACCUUGUUAUAUCGUCAAUAAAUGUAAGAAAGUUAUGUUAGGAAAAUUAGCUGAGCUUUUGAAUAUGAAUACUGCCCACAUAAAACUUGAAUUUAUAUCUACAGAUUUUCCUGCACUGAAGGCAAGGGGCACCUCUAUGAUUCUGACGAGAUGAAAUUCUUAUUUCUUUAGAGGAAGUACAUGCAACUGAAUUCUUGGAAAGAGUCAUCAAGUUAUUAAGUAUACUAAAGUUUAUGUAGUACAGGUGUUCUCCAAAAACAUUCUGCUGAGUGUGUUAAGGUUUCUGUGUUGAAACCUUUUCUGUGUCAAAAAAAGGAAGUAACAAAAGCAAUGGGUCUAAUUUCAACUCCUAUAAACAGGAUGCAGUUUGUGUUUUCCUUUUGACUUGCUUGUGCAGUAGCUUCUAAUAGAAAAUGUAGUGAACACCAAAUAGAACACAAACUUCCUCAUGUUUUUGUAGGUAGACUAAUAUCAUCUAGUUGCUUAAAUUUCUCAUCUGUAGUAAAAAGGUAGCCUCUGUCAACUUACUGAUUUUAACAGAAACACCAUUGUGUCUCAUCCUUCAAACCUAGUAAAAAAAAAAAAAAAAAAAAAAAGAGGCCCUUACUAAAACCUGGUUUGAGCUUCCAGUGGG